UAAAUAAAGGCGUGCAAUUGUCUUUCCUUCACUCAGUUCUUUGGCUUCUCAUCGAUCUUGUCUACUCCACUAAACUCAUCCAAAAUGGUGUUUGAAACAACCGGCAAGUACCAACUGGUCAACGGAGAUGACGACAACUUUGAAAAAAUCAUGCAAGCCGUCGGUGUGGCUGAGGACAAGCGCCAGAGGAGCCGCACUUUGAAGCCCAUCAUGGAAUUCUCUCACGAUGGCGACCAAUACAAGGUGACUGGAUCGGCCGAAGGUAUUGCCGAACGCACCAAGGAAUUCGUCUUGGACGUCGAACAGGAAGACGUCACCAUCGACGGACGCAAAGUCAAGAGCACUUACAAGCGUGACGGCAAAGUGAUGGUCCAAACUGAGAUCCAGGAAAACGGCAUGGUUGUCGUUUACCAUCGCGAGAUCAAGGGAGACGAGAUGCAUGUGAAAGUCACUUGCGGCAACCUAGUCGCCAAUCGCCUCUACAAGAAAUUGUAAUGCCGCUGCAUCUUGGAGGACGAAAUGAUGCCGACAAUGAUUGUACAUCCAAUAAGACGUCAGUGAUUGUGAUUUCCAAUAAAUCAUUGCGUUUUAAACCA